AUCCAAACAGACCAAUUGAUCGUUCAUCAUGCCUGCUCCUAUCUAUCUCGGUGUUAUCGGCGUCGGCGGCGUAGGAACCUCCUUCCUCGCCCAACUCGCCCGCCUCCCUAACGCGCCGCAAUUGAUCCUCCUCGCGCGGUCCACGCAAACCCUCCUCUCCCCCACCCCCUCCUACACCCCCUCCAUCCCCGCGGCGGACUGGACCACUGCCGCCGCCACCCCGCAACUCACCAAAUCCGGCGCGCUCUCGCCCGACGAAAUCGCCGCAUACCUCUCCUCCGCGCCGGGCCGCUCCAUCCUCGUCGACAACACGAGCGACCCCGCCUUGGCGUCGUCCUACCCGACCUUCCUCCGCCAGGGCAUCUCGAUCGUGACCCCGAACAAGAAGGGCUUCUCGUCGGACCUGGGGCUGUGGAAAAACAUCUUCGCCGCCGCCGCGGAGGGCAACGCGCUCGUCUACCACGAGAGCACGGUGGGCGCCGGACUGCCCGUGAUCUCGACCCUGCGGGACCUGGUGGCGACGGGUGACGAGGUGACGCGUAUCGAGGGUGUGUUUUCGGGCACCUUGUCGUUCCUGUUCAACACGUUUGCGCCGGCGGCGGGCAGUGCCGCGGGGGCCAAGUGGAGUGAGGUGGUGGCGCAGGCGAAGGAGCUGGGGUACACGGAGCCCGACCCGCGGGAUGAUCUGAACGGGAUGGAUGUUGCGCGUAAACUGACGAUCCUGGCGCGGAUUGCCGGGCUGGAGGUGCAGGGGCCGGAUGCGUUCCCGGUGGAGUCGCUGAUCCCGGAAGAGUUGGCGGGCGUGCCGUCGACUGCGGAGGGGAUUGUCGAGUUCAUGAAGCGGUUGCCGGAGUUUGAUGGGCAGAUGACGGCUGUGAAGGAGCAGGCGGAGAAGGAGGGGAAGGUGGUCCGGUAUGUCGGCAGUGUGGAUGUGGGCAAGAAGGAGGUGCGCGUCGGCUUGCAGAAGUUCGAUAAGGAUAGCGCGAUUGCGGGCUUGAAGGGCAGUGAUAACAUUAUUAGCUUCUACACUAAGCGGUAUGGUGCCAAUCCGUUGAUUGUGCAGGGUGCUGGUGCCGGUGGCGAUGUGACUGCUAUGGGUGUUUCGGCGGAUUUGAUUAAGGUGGUGCAGCGGUUGCAGUAGUGGUUUGUUGAGUAGCUAAAAGUUUGUAUCUUGGAUGAUGAGGUGUGAGUGGCAGCAACGAGUUGGUGGAUGAUGAUCUGACUUCUGUGAAGUGGAGAGGUGUGAUAGUCUAGCAGUAGUAUUGCAUGCUGAUGUUUGUAGCCAAGAGCC